AUGUUGAAUCAAACCUCUGUCACUGAGUUUUUCCUUCUGGGAGUGACAGACAUACAAGAACCACAACCUUUUCUAUUUGCUAUUUUCUUCACCAUCUACUUUGUCAAUAUAACUUGGAAUGGCGCCAUCCUGAUGAUCAUCAUUUCAGAUCUAAGACUCCACUCACCCAUGUACUUCUUCCUGGGAAACCUAGCAUGUCUGGAUAUGUGCUACUCCACUGUGACAGUUCCAAAGAUGCUGGAAAACUUCCUCUCUAUGAGCAAAGCAAUUUCCUUUUUGGGAUGCAUAACUCAGCUUCAUUUCUUCCACUUCUUGGGUACCACAGAGUCCCUGUUGCUGGCAGUGAUGGCAUUUGACCGCUUUGUGGCAAUCUGCAAACCACUCCACUACUCUGUCAUCAUGAAUCACCAGGUCUGUAUCCUAAUGGCUGUCACCAUCUGGACCAUUGCUUUUCUCCAUGCCUUGCUUCACUCCACACUGACAUCUCAUUUAAGGUUCUGUGGUCCCAAUCGUGUCCAUCACUUCUUCUGUGAUGUUAAACCACUGUUGGAUCUGGCCUGUGGAAACACUGAGCUCAACCUUUGGCUGCUCAAUACAGUAACGGGCACCAUUGCCUCUGUCCCCUUUUUUCUGACAUUUCUCUCCUAUUUCUACAUCAUUAGCUAUCUUUUUCUCAAGACCCGUUCUUGCAGCACGCUCCACAAAGCACUGUCUACUUGUGCCUCUCACUUCAUGGUUGUCAUACUGUUCUAUGCUCCUGUUCUCUUCACCUACAUCCGUCCUACCUCAGGCAGCUCUCUGGAUCAGGACCGAAUCGUUGCCAUCAUGUACAGUGUGGUCACUCCUGCCCUCAAUCCACUCAUCUACACCUUGAGAAACAAUGAAGUGAGGAGUGCGUUGAAUAGGAAGGUGAGAAGAUGGCUCUGA